CUCGGCUUUCUUUGAUUGUAGGCAACAUGAUUGAACGAAGAAAGUGUAGUGAUGCUCGCACAACCAAAAUCAAAGAAAUACUUUAGUCCUAGAUAUACCUCAAGAAAUCCCUACCCUCAAAGGGCCCAACCCUACGAGCAUGUAGAUGCAAGGAAUGACAAUAGGGACCUAAGAAGACCUGACCCUCGAUCGGUCAAACUUGACCAGAAUGGCAACAGGGACUUGAGAACACCUAACUCUCGAUCGUUCAAACCCUACCAGAAUGGCAAUAGGGAUACAAGAUUACCUGACUCCCGAUGGGUCGAACCCGGGACCCAAGACUACCUGAGCCUCGAUCAGUCAAACCCAACCAGAAUGGCAACAAGGACCCAAGACUACUUGAACCUUGAUCGGUCAAACCCGACGAAAAUGGCAGCAAGGACCCAAGACUACUUCAACCUUGAUCGGUCAAACCCGACGAAAAUGGCAGCAAGGACCCAAGACUACUUAAGCCUCGAUCAGUUGAACCCAACCAGAAUGGCAGGAGGAACCCGAGAUUACCCGACCUUCAAUCGGUCAAACCCGACCAGAAUGGUUGCGGGGACCCGAGACUAUCCAGCCAUCGAUCGAUCAAACCCGACAAGGAUGGUAGCAGGGACCCAAGACUACCUGGCCCUCGAUCGGUCAAACCCGACCAAAAUGGCUGCAAGGACCCGAGAUUACCCGACCCUCGAUCGGUCAAACCCGACCAUAAUGGCUACAAGGAUCCGAGACUACCCAAUGCUCGAUCGGUCAAACCCGACCACAAUGGCUACAAGGACCCGAGACUACCCAACCCUCGAUCGGUCAUAUCCGACCAAAAUGGCUGCAAAGAUCCAAGACUACCCGACCCUUGACCAGUCAAACCCCACCAGAAUGACAUCAAGCACCCAAGACUACUUGACCAGAAUGGUAGUGAGGACCUACCCGACCGUCGAUCAGUCAAACCCGAAUAGAAUGACAGUAAGGACCCGUGUCUACCCGACCGUCGAUCGGUCAAACCCGACCAGCAUGGCACCAAGGAUCCAAGACUACCCAACCCUUGAUCAGUCAAACCCAACCAAAAUGGUAGGAGGGACCCAAGACUACCCAACACUUUAUCAACCAAACCCGACCAGAAUGGUAGCAAGGACCCGAGACUACCUGACCCUCGAUCAGUCGAACCCGACCAGAAUGGCAACAGGGAACCGUGACCACCUUAUCCUGGAUCGAUCAACCGCGGACAGAAUGGCGACAAGGACUCAAGAAUACCUCACCAUUGAUUGGUCAAACCCUACCAGAAUGGUGGAUAGAAGCCAAGACUACCUAGCUCUCUAUCAGUCGAACCCGACCAGAAUUGCAGCGGGGACGCAAGACUAUAUGACCCUCGAUCGGUCAAAACCAAUGCAGCGCAUGCCGAAUCCAUCCGCACAGGAGGUUACCUCACUCAAUGAAGGAGACAUUCUUAUUUAG